AUGGUGGAUGCAAGCAAAUGGUUAGAUGAAAAGAUUCCGGAAGAUCAAAGAGCACAAGCGACAUGUCUUCAUAUUUAUGUAACAUGUCAAAGUGGUCAUAACUCCUACAAUUAUAAUUGUGGUCAUUGCCAAAAUCCACCCGCUUCUAAAUGUCCAAUUUACAAAUUCAUUUAUGCUAUUUUGGACGGAGAGUUAAAUCUUAAUAGCUUU